AUGGCGGUGCCGCGCGAAGGGUGGAAGGCGACGGACUUUGUAGUGGACGACAUGGUGUACUCCAGCAUUGACGUGCUCAUAAUGGACGCCCUACGACACCUACAAUGCUUGGAGAAGAAUAGCACGCUCAGGCUGUACACCGCGUUCAUCUACCACUACAAGAGGUGGGCGGCGAAGAUGCUGAAGCAGAUAUGCGACAAGCUACCCCAUGAGCAACGACUUAGGCACGUCGACGAGAUCGACCACUACAUCUGCGACAACAAGAAGAAGGAUUGGUGCAACGAGAAAGUGGUCCGCCGACAGUACAUCUGGCUGCACGGCCCUAGGGUCACCGAAACCCGGCUGCGCGCCUACGUGAAGCAAAUGAGCCGUGAGUGUAACCUCAUUGUUGACCAGCCCGGGGAGGAGAACAAUGCCACGCGAACGGGGUCUGUGAGGUCGACAACUGUGCACACGAUCCUCGGGCGCAUAAAGGCAUGCCAGAUGGCGGCGAGGGUGGAGGCAACGCUGUACCGAGAGAAGGAGCUGGGCAUCAUGAGGGAGAUCUCGGUGGUGAGAUCGGAGGUGCGGUUCAACGUCCGCCACAAGAACGAGAGGGACCUCAAGAACUGCGCCGACCGUCGACGCGGCACCAUCGGCGAUACCUACACCGCCGAGCAGUUCCGCCAGAUCAUGAUGAGGGUGCUGCCGACAUGGGCGGCGGCGGCGUGGAACCCGCGUGCUACCACUCCGUCGCAGACGCUGUGGCGAUUCCUCCUCAUCAAGGUGCUCACGCUACUCUCCCACCACACUCUCCUGCGCGGCGCCAGCAUCCGCGAGAUCACGCUCCCCGACAUCUUCUUGUACCACCUGGCGAGCACCUCGGAGGUGAACCCGGAUAGCCAGCCGGUCGUCAUGGUGAUCGCCGCGCGUAACUCGAAGACUUCCAAGGAUGCCCGUCUUCAGCAGAGCUACGCUGCGCGACACCUGGAAGCGGAGCUGUGCGCCGUCGGCGAGACCGGCCUGUGGCUGCACUUCAUCCUCGACCAGAUCGGUCAGUUCUCCGGCACCGACUUUCUUUCGCCGCCUGACACCACAGAACGCGAACGCUGGUACAAGAAGCAUCUCUUCUUCGCCAGAAACGACAAGGAGCAGGAGGAGCUCUCCUCCGCCACCCACCAACGUUGGACUCGGCAGGUGUGGACGACCAACAAGGUGUUCUGCAAAAGGAACGUGCACGCCGCCCGCGCCGGAGGUGCGCAGGAGUUAGCCAUCGGAGGGACGCCGCACGCCCAGAUCGCCGAGCUGGGACACUGGGCUCUCGACAAGAUGACGCGUGCGUACAUCACGGCCAUUCCCGUUGGGGUGGCGGAGACGCGUGCCGUCAACGGGAGCGACGCCGCUGCAGCCGCAGUGCACUUCUUGCGCACCCUCGUGAUGUUCCGACGAAUCGUCGCCGAGGACCUCGCGGUGAAGCUCGUCCGCACACCGUGGCACCCGUACGUCCAAGGUUCCAAGCUCUGCAGGAUUGCCCUCUUCCAGCACUGGGCGAAAAGGGUCGAGUCGGUCGACACCGAUACGAUCAAAAAGCGCCGGGACCCGACUCAGAUACAACCGGAGGAAAUAUCCGUGCGCAUGGACACCCAGUAUCACAACAUGUCCCUCAAGGAGGCGCUGAAGAAGGAGGUCGAGCGCUCGGCGCUCGAGAAGCUAGGCUUUCAGGAGACGAUCGAGAAGCAAAACGACACCAUCGCGUCGCUCACCUCCGAGCUUGCUCGACUCACCGAGGCACUCCGUGUGUCAGAAGCCCGGAGGAUGCCGGCGGCGCCGCCGUCGGCUACCGAUCAAACUCCGGGCGAGGGUGGCUCCGCGGAUUCGGCCAACACGGGGACCGGAGCCAAGAGAGAUGAUGGGAAACCCCCGCCACCCCCCCAGACAGCAGAGGAGGCCAGUUACGAGCUCAACGUGGUGCAACCUUGGCGGGAUUCAAAGACCGUGCGGGACGCUUGGCGCCUCUGGAACUCCGCCACCGCCAAUGACACCCGUCGUCUUUGCGACAGGGUCGCCGAGCCGGGGUUCAUCGACCGCCACACCCUCCUCAAAGGCGCGACCCAGGGUGCACUCAACAUGAGGGUGCGCCGCAUGCUGAAGGCCAUGGAUGCGGUGCGCCAGCUACGCGCGAGCGACGGCGAUGCCGACACCGAAGCCGUGGUCGAUGCACUGAACACGAUCGCGUCACCGGGCAUUGGGAGCUUCUGCGAUGCCCUCACGGUGCUCAACCCGGAGACGGCACCGACGAUGUCCAAGGAGCCUGGCAUGGGCGUCAAGGGGCUUGGCCCCAAGGUGGUCUCGAAGCUACGCCUCGCCUGUGCGCUGGUGGCGCUCGAGCUGAAGCCGACGACGUGGGUCGACCGCCUGUUUCCAGACACCUGGGAGGAGCAGAUGCCGAAGACCGUGGCCGACUUGGCCAAGCAGACCGCACCUGCGCAGCGUCCUCCGUCAAAGCGCAAGAAGUCGGCAUGA